UGUGGGGUUAGAAUGGAUCUUCGCAGAGGAGGACACGAAAGAAGUUCCAUCGAAGGAGAAAGCUCGGGGUUUUGAGUACACAUCGCAACAGGGCGUAGAGCUGUGGAAGAUGGCGUCUUUCAUUAUGAGAACUCUCACGAUGUUCCUUGGCUACGUUUAUCCUGCAUACGAGUGCUUUAAGAGCAUCGAGAACAGGAAAACCGAUGCGGAAGAACAAACGUUUUGGUGCCAAUACUGGGUGCUAAUUGCGGUGGUGACGUUUGUGGAAAGAAUAACCGACAUUCUCAUUUCCUGGCUUCCGAUGUACAAUGAAGCAAAGCUUGCUUUUAUAGUCUACUUGUGGUAUCCCAAGACUAAGGGGACAAACUACAUUUACACGACGUUUUUGAAACCGUUUGUGACGAGCUACGAACCAGAAAUUGACCGGAGAUUGGGUGAACUGAGGGGACAGGCCAAAGACUUGACGUAUCUUCUCUGGCAGCGCGCUUCUCUAUUCGCCCAGUCCAAGUUUUUCGAGCUCCUUCAUUGCUUAGCCUCUCCGCAAAUACGUCUUCAGGCCUACAGGCGCCAUUUUCCACAGUUGCAACCGAGUUUACAGUCGCCAGAAAAUGUGGAUCCCGCAUACUACAGUCAAGUUGUGAUUCGGGAAGAAAGCGAAGAGAUCAAGAGCAGCUUGACAAGUGACAGUGGCAAGCACGAGCAGUCUUCAUUGACACCUCACAAAAUUGACCGCGAACCACCUUCGCCAUCAUCUUUCUUCAAAGCAACUCGUGCACGGCAACACAGGGCAACUUACAUUCGCGUCCCUUGACAACCGUAAUUCCUUCUCCCAACACAAGAAAAGAAAAGCAAAGUAAACUUGCUGGAUCCAACUCGAGCUUCUAGAGGUACGGACAGAGUUUCCAAGUUUCUUCAACAACUACUCGUCACAGGUUGGCUGGAUCAACUCAAAAGAACUUCUAGAGGUAUGGAGAGAGCACUUUUUAAGUUUUUCCUUUUGGCGAGGAUUACCACUGCUGUACUUAUCACAGGAUUAGAUUCGGCGAGCUUUCCUCCUCUUCCACGGACAAGCCAAUGGAGUGUCGUUUUCGGAUGGAUGCUAUAAGCCUGCCGUAGAUGGCUAAACAUGUGGCAAAACUUUCCUUUCUCCAGCUUUUACAUUGA